AUGUCGAGGUGCUUCCCCUACCCGCCGCCGGGCUACGUGCGAAACCCAGUGGCCGUGCCCCCCGUUCCCGUGGCGGAGACGACCGCUAAGCUCCAGAAAGAAAGGGAAAGGGCCGAAAAGAAGAAAGAGAAAAGGAAUGACAAGAAAGCUUCCCAUCAGGGUGGUGGUGAGACAAAACAUUCAAAACGUAGCCAUAAGAAGAGAAAGCAUGAAGAUACCAGCAUAGCCGGCCUGGAGUCCAAAACUGCACCCAAAGAACUAUUUGAUCAGUUGGAGAAGAGUGGACUCUCAGAAGAGUAUGGGGCCCCUUCUUUCAUUCAGACAGUACAUGGAUCACCAGAGAGCUCUCAGGACAGCAGUAAGCGAAGAAAGGUGGUGCUCCCAGGCCCUAGUCAAAAUAAGAAUGGGACGGUACUUCGCAUUAAGAUAAAAAGAGAUCAGGAUUCACCGUCAGCCAUGUUGGAUGGUUCUAGGGUUCUUCCGCAACAACCUGUCCAACAAAUGGCUACACCUUCAUCCUUGUUGAGUAAGCAGAAUGCAGUUCAACCUCGCAGGGAUGUUAUGGUAAAGUCAGCUGCCGGUUUCCAGCAAAGCAUCAAGAGGGAUACCCAAUCUGUGCCAAAACAAAUGGAUGUAAAACCCCCUGCAAUGAUCUUGCAAAGAGUUCCUUCCAUGACAAAUAUUGCUCCAAAGGUGGAUCCCCCAACCACAGCGAAGAUCACACCAAAGAUAGAUGCCCCAACCUCAGCAAAGAUCAUGCAAAAGAUAGAUUCCUGGGUGCCCGUUAAUGCUACACCUUCAUCUGCCAAGGUGAAAGGAAGUGCUGAUCCUUUGCCUACGCAGCUGACACGACGAGUUGUUCCUCCACCUGCUAAGGUGGCACAGAGAGUCGACAUUCCUCCUGCCAAGGCGGCACAGAGAGUCGACAUUCCUCCUGCCAAGGUUAUUGACAUUCCUCCUGCAAAGGCGCUGCAAAAGGUUGAUCCUCUGGUGCCAUCCAAGGUGCUCCGAAGAGAUGCUCCUCCACAGAGUUUGCCUGUGUUGCCGAAGGAAACAAUAAAAGUUGCUUCUUCCCACCAGCCAGACAGGCAGCUGCAGCCCGUUCUGCACAAACCGAAGGUGCCUGUAGUCUCUCCCCUCAUCAAACAGCAGCAGUCAAGCACCUUGGCGAAAGAAGAGCCUUGUUCCUCUGGCAGGAAGACUGAAAAAAUACCAGAGGUUAAGCAGUCAAAGUCUGAUCGUAAGAAGAGCCGCAAGGCUGAGAAGGAAGAGAAGAAAGAGAGGAAAUUCCGAGAUCUUUUUGUUACCUGGAAUCCACCUUCCUUGGAGGUUGAGGAGACCGGGAAUCUCGGCGACCAGGAUUGGUUGCUCGGCGGUGCAAAGAAACCUGAUGCCAGCAACAGCAGCUGCAAGGCAAGUGAUGGUUUGGCGCCCAUGGAGGUGGAGUUUUCAUGGCAACCAAGGGCUAUUCAUCUGCCUGACCUUCAUAUGUAUCAGUUGCCAUAUGUUGUUCCCUUUUAG